AUGCUCGGCCAGCGCUUGUUUACAAAUCAAACGCCGCCUGAAGGUCUACCCGUCGACAAGGUAUACGUCGUAGAGCAAUUGAGUAUAGGGCACGAGUAUUACCUCGCAAUCAUUACAGACAGAGCCAACGCCUGCCCAAUACUCGUCAUGUCCCAAGGCGGUGGUUCUGGUAUCGAGGACCUAGCGGCCAAAGACCCGCGAGCUGUAGUCAAAGUGCCAUUAGAUUAUACAGAAGGUGUGACGGCAGAGGCCGUAUCAAUGAUAUGUGAACGCUUGGCUUUACAGGCAGAUCGUGAAACACUGACCGCCCUACUCCAACGUCUUUUCACCUCCUUCAAGGAACGCGAUGCCACACUCGUAGAGAUCAACCCCUUGAUCCGUGAGCCCAAAACCGGACGUUUCAUCUGCGCCUGUUCCAAAGUGUCCAUCGAUACCGCCGCAUCAAAACGCCAGAGCGAAAUAUUCGGUCUCCGCGACCGGAAUCAAGGAAUGGCAGUGGAAUUGGAAGCCGAGAAGCAUGGUCUAGUGUACAUUCAGCUUGAAGGAAACAUCGGCUGUCUCGUCAACGGGGUCGGACUGGCUAUGGCAACGAAUGACGCUGUUGCUCAUCAUGGCGGAAAAUGUGCAAACUUUCUCGAUGGCGGAGGGCAAGCGACGAAGGAGACAAUGGUCAAAGCGUUUGAGCUCAAACUGAGCGACAAAAGGGUUGAUACCAUCUUGGAAUUAUCCGUUGCGACAUGA